AUGGAUAUUUCAAUAAAUCAACCAACAGAUUGGAAAGCAGUUAGUAUAGUACAAUUAAUAUUUUUUAUAUUAUUAAUGAUUGCAUUUAUUAUUAUCACUAUUUUACAAUUGAGAAAGGGUAUUAAAAUUCUGUCAAUUAGAGGGUUUGUUAUAUUUUUAAUAAUUUUUCAAUUAGCUAAAAUAGUUGGUGGUAUAACUGGUUUAAUUUUAUUAGAUUCUUCAAAAUUUAAUCAAAAUGUAUUUAUUGCAACUUAUAUUUGUGAUUCAAUAAGUUAUGGUUUUAUAACUAGAAGUAUUAGUUCUUUAGUUCAACAUAUGUUAAAACCUGAACAAGAAUUUAAAAAUCAUCAAGAUAAUCAAACAAUAAAUUCAAAUGGUACUUUACCUACUUAUGAUAUGGAAAAUCAAAAAUUUGAAUCCAAUAAUAAUUAUCAUCAAACUAAUGAAAAUAUUUAUAAAAUUAAUGAAACUAAAAUAAAUAAAAAAUCACCAUUUUAUUUAAUUACUAUCAUUAUACUUGCAGCAGUUAUUUGUAAUAUUUAUGCUAUGUCAAAUCUUGCAGGUGAUUCAACACCUGAUGAUACAACAAAAACUUUAAUAAAAGUAUCUGCAAUUUUAUUUUUAAUUGGUAUGAUUUUAUUAAUUUUUGCUUCAAUUUUUGUUAUCUUUACAAGACCUGAACAUAGAAAAAGUUGUCAAAUAUUAAUUAUUACUUUAUUUAUAUUAAUUACAAGAUCAAUUUAUUCAUUAAUUAGUGGUUUUAAUGGUAUAAAUUUCAAUCAACCUAAUCAAUAUAUGUUAAUUUUUGGAAAACCAAAAUAUUAUGGUUGUUUAGCUUUGUUACCUGAAGGAAUUGCUGGUAUAUUAGUUAUGAUAUUGUUUUAUCAUUGGUAG